AUGCAUAAAAUGCAGUUAACCUCUAUAAGCUCGGUUAUUGCAUCUCACUUCGAUGUUCGUGCAUGGGCAACGGUAUCACAAAAUUAUCAUGUACAAGAAGUACUCAGUCGCCUUCUGCAUUCCAUAAGAGGCUUCAAACAAGAAUCAAGCCAAGAUAGUGCAGAAAAAUUAGCUGAGAAUCUAUACAAGUGUUUGAAGGACAAGAGAUACCUCAUUGUCCUGGACGAUGUGUGGGAUGGAGAGAUUGUGUUAAAAGUCAAAAGUUUGCUUCCUCAUGACAGUAAUGGAAGCCGGAUCUUGUUAACCAGUCGACUAGAAAAUGUUGCUGAGUAUGCUGAUCCUAAUUCGAUCAUUCUCCAAAUGAGCUUUCUCUAUACCGAUGAGUGUUGGGGGCUACUGCGUGGGUUGGUAUUUGGUGAAGAAUGUUGUCCUCCUGAAUUGGAGGAAUUAGGUAGAAAGAUUGCACAUCAUUGCAGAGGACUUCCACUUUCAAUUGUCCUGAUAGGUGGUCUCCUAUACAAAGCCGAGAGGACAAGAGAAUACUGGAGUUAUGUUGAACAUAAUAUUAAUGCAGAACAUUAUGGGUAUUUCUCUAUCCAGGGCAUUAUAUCUUUCUACUAUUACCAGUUGCCCCAUCAUUUGAGAGCAUGUUUUCUUUAUAUGGGUGUUCUCCCUGAAGAUUACGAGAUCCGUAGAUCCAAACUCAUAAAAUUAUGGGUUGCCAAUAGAUUUAUAAAGCCAGAAAGAUCGAAAAGCUUGGAAGAGGUGGCAGAGGAGUAUCUAAAAGACCUUAUUGAUAGAAAUCUGAUUAUGGUUCGUGAGUUUAAUUAUAGUGGUGAAAUCAAAACCUGCUGCAUCCAUGAUGCCUUGAGGGAAUUCUGCCAGAUGAAAACUAAGGAGAAGUUUAAUUCGGAUGAUGAGAAUCUUACAGAAGUCCAUGACAAUCUUCGACACAUUAGUAUUCUCUCAGAUUUGAAGAAUCAAAUCCCCAAAUUUGAUCUUGCAGACAAUCUUGAUUUACGUAUCCGCUCUGUUACAUAUUUUUUUGGCAAUAGCCCACAUGGUACAUAUUUUGUCAAGAGUUUUCGGCUGCUGAGGGUAUUGGAUGCACUCACAAUAUGGUUUGACGAGUUUCCUAUCGGAAUAGUUGAACUGGAGACUUUGAGGUUUAUUGCUUUGACUUAUUGGGCAAAGCAUAGGAUUCCUUCGUCAAUAUCCAAACUUCGCAAUCUGGAGACUUUAAUUGUUAAUCCAGGGAAACUGAGAUCCAUCUUUAAUACAUCAUUCCUACCGCUGGAAAUCUGGAAGAUGUCACGAUUGAGGCAUCUCUUGUUCGUGAUAAGUUUCUUGCCUUAUCCUACUGAUGCACUGAAUGGGGGAACUUUUGCACCCUUGGAAAACCUACAAACACUUACCAAUGUUAUAAACUUCAGAUGGACAAAGGAGGUCAUUCAAAUGAUGCCAAACCUGAAGAAAUUGGUAAUUUCGUACGAGCAUGAUGGGCGAACUGAGUGGUCAUCCUAUUGUUUUGACAAUUUUGUCCAUCUUCUUCAACUUGAAGUUUUGAAAUGCUUCUUUUUUGGGAAGUCUUAUAUAAAAUAUCAGGAUCCUCUACCAGUGAACUUUGCUUUCCCACAAAAACUCAGAAGGUUAACUUUGAGUGGCUGCAGACUAUCUUGGAAAAUUAUGACUGUUGUUGGUUCGUUGUCCAACCUCGAAGUGCUGAAACUCAAAUACCAUGCCUUCGAAGGCCCUGUUUGGGAAUCAAAUGAUGGGGAAUUUCGUCGAUUAAAAUUGCUGCUCAUACACAUGACUGAUCUGGAGCAUUGGAAAGUUGAUGAAAUGCACUUCCCAAGUCUUGAGCGCCUCAGUCUUCAGUACUGCUACAACCUGGUGGAGAUCCCUUCUGGAAUUGGAAAAAUACCAACUCUUCAAAAAAUCGAGUUGUGUGAAUGUAGCACAUCUGUUGUGACUUCAGCAAAAUUCAUAGAAGAAGAAAAAACACGCUUGGGAAAUAAUGGAUUUCAGGUUGCGCUAAAAGAUAAGGACACUGAUGUUUCUAGCUAACAAAGUGGAAAAGAAGACUAAGUUGCAAUGUUAUUUCAAGUGUUUUAUUGAGAUUAUGCUGUUGUUGUACAUUAUUGACACAUUAGAUGUCAAAAUAUAAAUGAACAUUGGACAUGUACUUUCAUUGUGGUAUUUUGACGGCAAUCAGCAGCAGUUACUUUUUUGUUGUUUCUUUGAAAUAAUGAGUACUUUCUUUUUUCCCA